UCUGUGGCUUUUUCUGGGUUCCUUCAUUCAUCAAGUUCCUAGAGGAGAAGAAGCUGCCGCCGCAUUACUCCUCAACUGAUCUGGGAAAAUAAGGCGUCUCUUCUUACCAGCUGCUGCUAAUGUUUUUCCUGCCUGCAAUUUUCCAUCUUCCCUGCAGAAAUUUCCAAAACAAAUAGUUGUUGGUGAUUUGUCAACAUGAAGAAGUUGUUAGAUUUUGGGAAGAAAGCCCUCUUUUAUGUUAGGGUGCUUUCUGGAUAUGAAGAGCGAAGAAUACGAUCUUAUAGGCUGCAGCUUGAGCAACGUGUACAACAGGCACAAGCAAGGAGGGCGGCCAUAAAUAAAGUACCAGAACAGGUUAUAUUAUCCGAGGUUCGUCGAAUGGUUGAAGAGAUGCAGGCUUUGAAUAAGAAGCUGGAAGAAACAGAGGCAGCCGUUGAAGACUAUUUCAAACCUCUAGACAAGGAAGCUGAGUUAAUAAUGAAAAUGCAACUACAAGGGGAAGAGAAAACUUCAGAGAUGAUGAUGAAGGCACUGGAGAAACAAGCUUCACUUCAACAAGUUGAAGCAGAAAAAAAUGCAAGUAAGCAUCAAGUUGACAACUCUGAAACCAACCUGAAUGAAUCUGAGAUGAUGGAAGAAGAGAAAACAUUGAAGGAGAUGUUGAAAGCACUACAACAAGAAGUUUUGCUUGAGAAAGCUGAUGCAGAAAGUUCUGAUAAUGUGCAUCAAGCAGACAAGUCUCAUAUCGACUUGACCUCAGCAUCUACAACCACUCCUAAAUGAAGCUGAGAUUAUUUUGAAACAUUGGUGAUUUCUGAUUUUUAGCUUUGAAAUCCAUUUCACCUUGUCUGCUGAAAUGUCAAUCAUCCUUGGUGAAUUAAACUAACCAAGGCAUAGUUGUAGUUUACUUGUUCUACUAAUUUUAUUCAAUAAAAUUUUCAUGUUGAGGCGUGAUUCAAUUA